UUGGAAGGAUUGUUACUUUGUUUGUAAAAUAUUGUUAAAUUUCUAGUCUAAAAACAAGAAACUUAAUUUGUGCAUCGUGGUUUGGGAAAUGUCUACAAGAUAUAUAAUUACUGAUGCAUGGAAAGUAGUCCUGAUAAACAUCGAGAUAAAGCUCUUUACUUGACUUCUAAGAUAAUACCUUCAAGUUCCAAAACAAUUUGUUUAUGUGUGAACAGUGAAAGGUAUUAAAAUGGCUGCCAAUUUUGGUUACAGAGAAGUAAAGGAGGAAUGUGAUUCAGAGAGUGAAGAUGGGGAUAUUUCUCCAUUUUUGUUGACACCAAUUAGUUUCAGAUCUCUAGUUGGUCAUGAUGAUGAAGUAAAUGCAUGUUGUUUUUCUCCUGACUGGACCAGGCUGGUGUCAGUGGGGGAUGAUUGGGUGGUUAAGAUGUGGGACACUGCAUCCGGAAAGCCUGUUUAUACAUUGACAAGUCAUAAAGGGUCCAUAAAGUGUUGUUGUUUUGCACCCAGUGGAGAUAUCUUUGCAACUGGAUCUUAUGAUCACAGUGCAAUAAUUUGGGAUGUUGAUACAGGAGAAGAGAUUCAUAAGUUGCAAGGUCACAGCCAUAGUGUGGAAACCUGUUGUUUUACAAACAAUUGUUUAUGGCUUUGCACAGGAUCAUGGGAUUGUUUGGCGAUAAUUUGGAAUGUUCAGACAGGUGAAGCUGUCUAUACCUGCUCAGGCCACACAAGUUCUCUUCAAUGCUGCACAUUUUCAAUAGACUCAUCAUACAUGGCAUCAGGAUCUUGGGAUUGUUCUGUCCGUUUGUGGUCAUUAGAUUUAUCCCUCGUUCCCAAACCGGAAGUAUUAUCACCACCGUGUCAUGUUCUUCAAGGUCAUAAAAGCAAUGUAAAAGCUGUUUCAUUUUCAUGCCAAGGUAUUUUGGCAUCUGCCUCAUGGGAUUUGACAAUCAUCUUGUGGGAUGUUAAAAUGAGGUGUAUGAACAUAAUUUUGACAGGACAUACUGGUUGGAUUCAGACAUGUUCAUUUUCACCUAAUGGUGACACUUUGGUGUCUGCAGCAGAUGACCAAACUGUUCGUAUUUGGGACGUUGACGAUGGCAAAUGCAUCAAAGAAUUAGAGUGUGACACAGAUGAAAUACAUACAUGCUGUUUUAAACCAAAUGGUACCUUACUAGCAUCAGGGUCUUUGGAAACAUAUGAAACAGAGAUUUGUAUUUACUGAAAAAUAAAUUAUGUUCAUAAACUCAACUUGUGACAUCCAAACAAUAAAAAAGAUUCAAAAUUGUGGUAGGCCAUUGGACGAAUCCAUUGCAUCGCUUCAACAGUUCAACUCCCUCCCCGACUCCAUUAUGUGAGUAUGUACAAUAACAUUUUUGAAAUAGUUUCGUCUAGUUUAUUGCAUUCAGGAUGCCUUCUAAGUGCUUUUACCCGUCAAUAAUUUUUGUGAACUGAAUAUCACAUAAGCAUGAUGAAAGACAGAGAGACCAGAAUAAUUAAUAUGUCCUAUAUAGUUUACCUAUAUUUAGAUAUGGUUUAAGUCGCGAACUUUUGCAAACUGUUUAUUAGCGACCGAGUACUUUAAACUGUACUUUAUAACUUUGUGAAAAUGCUAGAAAUUGUGAAUGUAUAAAAUUCUGGUCAGUGAAAUUCACUUCUGACACUUCACAUCACAAAUAUGCGAUGAGCAACAAAAGCAUGAUGUAAUUAAUAUCCUCAUUAUGAAUACUUCUUGAGAUUAUCAACUUGUGGUGUGAGUUAUGUGAUUUUUAGUGAAAACAACAUCGAAAGUUAAGAAUUUUGAUGCAUCACAUGUUCUGGCCCUUGUACAUGUAAUGUGAUUUAGAAUUAUAUAAGCCUUUCGUACCUCCUGCUUAUAAUAAAUUGGUUAUCCCUUUCUGCUUCAUUCAGUCUUAAGUAGGAAACGAAAAAAUAUGUCAACGUUUUAUUUCAAUAAUUGAUUAUUGUUCUCAAUAAACGCAAGAUAAUGUUAAAAUAGCGAGAUGUUCAGAUGUAUACACACGAAUCGUAUGAAAAAGGAGAAAGACUGAAAGAGAAGUUCUGUCUGCGUUUGCAAAUCAAAGCAGUUUCGUCCAAAGCAUCACACUGCACGGAUGCCAACAAUUAAUUCCUAAAGAUUCCCGUUCGAUCCUAGAAUGAGAUUGAAUACAACAGAAAGACAUAGGAUACAUAAAUAUUUUUCUGGUGUUUUUGCACAUAUUUACAUCUAUAUAUUAAUUGUCAUCAGCAUGAAGUAAUCCUAUUAACAAUUGCAUGAUGCAGACGUUCCGUCUUAGUGGCUGAUUAUUUCAGAAUGGAUUCCUUUUUUGUCGAUAUUUAUAUAUCUGUGUAUUGUUGACGUCUUAGUAAAUUCAUUCCUUUGAGAACUAUAUUAAUAUUUUCGUCAGGUUUUUCCACUGAUAAACCUCGAACACGCGACGCUUAAUACAUUUUGCUCAGAAUAUAUAUAAAAACCUGAACUCUUGACUCUUACUGCAUGCACGCAAGCACCGAAUACUGGUAUGAAAGCACAAAAUCCCUCAUGAACGUAUAAAUGAUUAUCAUCUGGAACAGUGCAUGUAAGCAUUUGGAUUUUGGAAUAUUGAAAACGAUAUUUGUUAGCACAUGUUUACGCUAGUAUUACCCUGUCGUAAUUUUCAAAACGCUGGUUGAUGCAUGCAAAAUCCACAGUUUGUUGGAAUGUUUUAGUUUGGAUCCCGCACAAAGCGGGAAAUAUGAUCAUGCUUGGGUCAAUUUCUUUCAUCUUUAAAAUAUCCUAAAUUGAAUUUUCACUUAUAUGUCCGCCUGAUUUACCGUUACCAACCUUGUACCCAGAUCUCCUCCUUACAGAGCUCGGUCCUCCCACGUCCUGCAGUCCAUUCCUCUUAACUUAAGAACCUCUGCUAGCUAGGCACAUAUAUAUAGCCACCGUUCUUUACUAAGUCUACUUAACCGAUUUUCCGAUUUCCACAUGUAUUCGUCAGCAAGCUGAAAUCUAUUUAGUGAUUUAGUGCUUGAGAAUUAAAACGAAAUUAGUUUUGUGUAUCAGUGAGGAAUGAUGUGUUCCUUCAUGAAAUUAAAACGAAUAUGAAAUUCACAAAAGACUAAACAUGCCCGUACAUAUACGAACGAAAAAAACGUGAUGGCGAUAAAAAUCUGAAAUAACUAUCUUGUUACAGCAAAACCAUGCAAAGGUCUGGUUCAAGAGAGUCCAGGUCUUAGUUUUGAUCUGAAGUUCAGGUCCAACUGGUGUCCGUCUCUUGUCUCAAUUAGUUGUGACUGGCAAAUGUUGAUUUUUAAUUAGGAGCCCGGUAAUAAAAUUGAUCGAACCUAACAAUAACAUUACUUCUAUAGUAUGAAUAUAUUAUUAUUUCAAGCUUAUAAUAACCCUUCAAUCCAUUUUCAGACACUGAAUAUCUCGUAUCUGCUAUAUACCUAUAUAUUAAAUAGUUUAUUCAAUAGGUCAGAAGAACAUACUAGUGUAUUUUAGAGAUGAAAAAGCUGAAGAUAUUUAUUUCCCCUGUCCUAUAGAACAAUGUUUAGCUUGUCUCCCGUAGCGCGGUACAUUAAAGUUUCGUUGAGAAAAAUAUAAGCCUAUACAAUUGCUUUUUGGAACCAGCAGUUAAUUGAU